AUGAGUGGAGCUAAUCAGAAGCUUAAAAUUGCAUUUGUGCAUCCAGAUUUGGGUAUUGGAGGUGCUGAAAGGUUAGUUGUCGAUGCUGCAAUUGGCUUACAAGAACAGGGACAUGAUGUGGUCAUAUACACUAGUCAUUGUGAUAGAAGCCAUUGCUUUGAAGAAAUUAAAAAUGGAUUAUUGAAAGUGGAAGUUUAUGGUGAUGAAUUACCCACCAACUUUCUGAAUAAAUUCUACAUCGUUUUUGCCAACUUAAGACAACUUUACCUAGUGUUGCAACUGUAUUUGAUGGGGAAGAUAAACCAGCAUGAUCUUUACAUUACGGACCAGCUAUCUACUUGUAUGCCAUUCUUGCACAUGGUCAGUAGUGCCAAGUUGAUGUUCUACUGCCAUUUCCCUGAUCAGUUAUUGGCACAGAGAACAAGUUUAAUAAAGAAGCUUUACAGGGUGCCCUUCGAUUUAUUUGAACAAUUUACCAUGAGUGCUGCUGAUUGUGUAGUGGUGAAUUCCCACUUUACGAAGUCAAUUUACCAUAAGACUUUUAGAUUUUUGGAAGGUGAACCUGAUGUUAUUUACCCUUGCGUGGAUCUAUCCUUCCAAUCAAUUGAACCGAUCGACCAAGACUUCUUGACUGGAUUAUUACAUCCUCAUCAGAGAUUCUAUCUGAGUAUAAACAGAUAUGAAAGGAAGAAGAACAUUUUACUGGCGUUAGAGUCAUAUGCUUUAUCUAGCGAAAGUGACGAUGAAAAUUCGAAAUUAAUAGUCACUGGUGGUUAUGACGAAAGGGUAUCUGAAAAUGUAGGUUACUUGCAAGAGCUACAGGAGGCGGCCGAUAAAUUAAAGUUAUCCCAUACUACAAUUUUUUACCCAGAGUUUAGGAAAAAUGGAGGUUUAAACAAUUCCCAAGCGCUGAACAGUAAGGUUAUCUUCUUGACUUCAAUUUCUUCUUCCCUAAAGGAAUUGUUGUUAAGUAAGAUGGAAUUACUAUUGUACACACCUUCUUUUGAACAUUUUGGUAUUGUUCCUUUAGAAGCUAUGAAACAUGGUAAGCCUGUGCUUGCUGUAAACACUGGUGGUCCAUUAGAGACGGUUGAGCGUUUGGUUACAGGUGUCAAUGAGAAUGAAGCCACAGGAUGGCUUGCGAGAUCAGAUCCUAAGGAUUGGGCCAAGGCCAUUGAAGAAUUCAAGUCAGUUACAAAGGACGGGAAGGUGAAUUUUAAGAAGAAUGGGUUGAGAAGAGUUGAAAAGUACUAUUCACGCGGUGCAAUGACACAGAGUUUUGAAAGAAAUAUCGAAAAAACCAUCGACAAAGAAAAGAAAACUUAUUUCUGGGAAACUUUUUUCGUAGGUCUACUCAACUUUGCCUUGCAUCUUGUUUUCCAAUUCACCCUUGAAGGUCAAAUUUGGCCAUAUAUUGGGAUGUCAGUGAUUAUGGGCUGGUACUUCCACUCUGUAUUUGUUCUAUUCUGGGUUGUCCUCGCCUUGACAAAGAUAUCAUGA